GCAGCGCUUGCUCGACCCUCGCAGAAACCCCCGCGCAGGAGGAGGAGGAGGGAGCAGCGGAGGAGGCGGCGCUGCGCGGCGGCGGCGGCGGGCGUGGCUUUGGCGCGAGGGCCGGCGGAGUCUGCGCUUGGGGAAGGCCCGGCUCAGAGCAGAUGGGGAGGCGCGCAGGGCCGGCGACAUGGCUGUUGAUUUGGAGGAACAAGAUGACUACCACCACAGUGCGAACUCUUUGUACAAACCGGUGGAUGUCACUACCCAAGAAGAGACACCCCUGUUCGAGGAGCCAGAGGGAAACAGAUACGGUUUUCACAAGCCUAAAGAUCACUUCAAUGGCACCUACAUUAUUUUCUUCCUUCUGGGGACUAGCUCUCUCUUGCCUUUGAACUUCAUCAUCACUGCAAAGAAUUACUGGAUGUACAAACUUCAGAACUGCUCAGAAGAAGUCUCUCCAGCGGAGCAGGGAACUUCAGAUGUUCGUGACUUCUUUGAAAGCUACAUUUCCAUGGCUUCCACUGUGCCUUCUGUGCUGUGCUUGAUUGGGAACUUCCUGCUAGUCAACAAGGUCUCCGUCAGCGUGCGCAUUCUCUCCUCCUUGGUCACCAUGCUGGCUGCCUUGGUGGUGAUCACGGUGCUGGUGAAAGUGGACACCUCCGCCUGGACUUCGGGUUUCUUUGUCAUCACCAUCGCCUGCGUGGUUGUCUCCAGCAGCGCGGCCACCAUCUUCAGCAGCAGCGUCUUCGGCCUGACGGGAAGCUUUCCCAUGCGGAAUUCCCAAGCGCUGAUUUCAGGUCAGGCCAUGGGAGGAACAGUGAGCGCCGUGGCAUUGGUGGUGGAUCUGGCAGCGGCACCUGAUGUUACAGACAGUGCUUUGGCCUACUUCCUGACAGCAGACCUCUUCGUUAUUCUUUGUAUUGGGAUGUACUUGAUCCUUCCCAAGCUGGAGUAUUCCAGGUACUAUAUGGGAAGGCGACAGGGCGGCACGCAGCCACCAUGUGUCUUGCCUAGUGACUAUUUGGAGGAUGAUGAUACAGCCACAGGCAACACCAGCCUGCUUCCCCCAGACAGAAACCAGAGAGGAAGAAUCCCUCCCUUGGGGUCCAUCCUAAAGGAGAUGGGGGUGCUGGGCUUCUGCGUCUUCUACGUCUACUUCAUCUCGAUCAUCAUCUUCCCUGCAAUCUCAUCCAGCAUAGAGUCUGUCGACAAGGUCCCAGGGAGCUUGUGGACGGACAAGUACUUCACGCCCCUCACUAGUUUCCUUCUGUACAAUUUUGCCGACUGGUGCGGACGGCAAAUCACCGUCUGGAUCCAGGCUCCUGGACCAAAGAGCAAGUUGCUGCCGGCUCUGGUUCUGCUGAGAACUUUCUUCGUGCCAGUCUUCAUGCUGUGCAACUUCCAACCUCGGAAACACAUCGCGAAGGUCUUCUUCACCCAGGAUGCCUAUCCGGUGGUCUUCACGGUGUUGCUCGGAUUCAGCAACGGCUACCUGAAUACAUUAGCCAUGAUGUAUGGCCCCAAAGUCACGCCAAAAGAGCUGUCAGAGGCAGCCGGAGUGUUGAUGAUGAUGUUCUUGCAGUUGGGGCUGGCUUUGGGAUCCGUCUUCUCGGUUCUUGCUGUCCACCUCAUGUAGAAGGAAGCAAGGGGAAGAUUCAAGUCCAUCCCCUAAGCUUUGGGGUACAGUUGUACCUUGGUUUUCAAACAGCUUAGUUCUCGAACAUGUUGGCUCCCGAACGCCGCAAACCCAGAAGUGAGUGUUCCGGUUUUCAAAUGAUUUUUGGAAGCUGAAUGUCCGAUGGGGCUUUCGCAGCUUCCGAUUGGCUGCAGAAGCUUCCUGCAGCCAAUCAGAAGCCGCUCUUUGGUUUUCGAACAUUUUGGAAGUCAAACGGACUUCCGGAACGGAUUUUGUUCGACUUCCAAGGUACAACUGUACUAGGAUUUUAUUUAUUUUUAUUUUUCAAUCAUGUUCAGAAAGCAACCAUUUCCUUGUUUUUCAGGAGGUGAUCCGAACUCUCUUGACUGUAGCAGCGGGGAAGAUGCUUAGAAACAUAUCACAAAAUACAGGGGCCAAAUUCACACGCUUGCGAUGCAUCGCUGAGACUUUCCCCAUUUCCUGUGUCAUGUUUAACAGUGUGUUUGUUCAUAAUGUUUUUGGUACUUGUACAUAUUUUGCCUUACAGGAUCAAUGGGAAAAGGAACCACUUACAUUUUGCCAAGGAUACUGGGAAAUUAAAUGCUGGCCUCUUGA